GCCCGUCCAGGAAGCCCGGGCUGCGGAUGAAGCGGGGAAUCACGCAGUGACAGAAGGGCGCAGGAUCCACCGCGACGGCCUCUGGAGACAGCAAGCGAGACACGGUAUCCACUUACAAAUUAUACAUUUGGUACAAAGGAGCCCCUUUAUGAGAAAGAUAGUUCAGUUGCAGCCCGGUUUCAGCGCAUGAGGGAAGAAUUUGACAAGAUUGGAAUGAGGCGGACUGUAGAGGGAGUUCUGAUUGUACAUGAGCAUAGGCUGCCACAUGUGCUACUACUGCAGCUAGGUACAACUUUCUUCAAACUACCAGGUGGUGAACUCAAUCCAGGAGAAGACGAGGUAGAAGGACUCAAACGUUUAAUGACAGAGAUACUGGGGCGUCAGGACGGAGUUCAGCAAGAUUGGGUGAUUGAUGACUGCAUUGGUAACUGGUGGAGACCAAACUUUGAACCUCCACAGUAUCCAUAUAUUCCAGCUCAUAUUACAAAACCUAAAGAGCACAAAAAGCUCUUCUUGGUUCAGCUACAGGAAAAGGCUUUGUUUGCUGUCCCCAAAAAUUACAAGCUGGUAGCUGCACCAUUGUUUGAGCUCUAUGACAAUGCCCCAGGAUAUGGACCUAUCAUUUCCAGCCUUCCUCAACUUUUGAGCAGAUUCAAUUUUAUUUACAACUGAAUUCCCAUAUAUUUGAAGAAAGGUAGAAGAAGCCGUCUCUGUGAGCACAGCUUUAAGAUGAAGAGGGAAGAAUACAUGUGAUACAAGGAUUUUUUAUGUCAUUUUUUUCCUGAAAACUGCUAAACUUUCUAUUGUCUGAAUAGCAAAGUGAAUCUCAACUGUUUAGAUAGUGGGAUGGCGAAUGUGACUCAGUGUUUUAAUCACUUUUCAUUGUAAUAGUCAUCAGUUUUUUUGUACAACAUUAAACAAAAUAGAUUGGAUUA